AUGCCCGUAGCUCUGCAGACAAAAGAGCCGCCUGCGAUUGCAGCUGCCCAGCCAGCCCCUCGAGGGGAGGAGGCGGCGGUGGUGGUGGAGGAGGAGGAAAGGCAGAAGGGCCCGGCUCCGGCUCCCGCUGCUGCUGCGGAUCCUGGAGAGGCGGAAUAUUACGGCGGGGGAGGCGCCGAGACGCGGCCCCGGAGCCUGGCCCUGGAAGAGAAGGACCCCCGGCCUCAGCCCCCCGGGCACCAGCCAGGGCAGCAGCCCGGAGCCGCCGGGGCCGGAGGAGCUUUGGACUCGGUCUCGCUCAGCAGCAGCUUGGAUAGUGGCAUGAGGACCCCGCAGUGCCGGAUUUGCUUCCAGGGACCCGAGCAGGGGGAGCUGCUAAGCCCGUGUCGCUGUGAUGGAUCUGUCCGCUGCACCCACCAGCCCUGCCUGAUUCGCUGGAUCAGUGAGAGGGGCUCCUGGAGCUGUGAGCUGUGCUAUUUCAAAUACCAGGUCUUAGCCAUUAGCACAAAGAACCCCUUGCAGUGGCAGGCAAUUUCCCUGACGGUGAUUGAAAAGGUGCAGAUUGCAGCCAUCAUCCUGGGUUCUCUCUUCCUCAUCGCCAGCAUCUCGUGGCUUAUCUGGUCAUCGCUCAGCCCCUCGGCCAAGUGGCAGCGGCAGGACCUGCUCUUCCAGAUCUGCUAUGGGAUGUAUGGCUUUAUGGACAUUGUGUGCAUAGGUCUGAUUAUCCACGAGGGCUCCUCGGUGUAUCGAAUAUUCAAACGUUGGCAGGCGGUGAACCAGCAGUGGAAGGUGCUGAAUUAUGACAAAGCCAAGGACCUGGGGGAGCCGGUUGGUGGGAGUACAAAGCCCGGAGGGCGGAAUUCACGGACGAACCCCUCCUCGGGGAGUGAGAGGGCCUCCCAGCGAGGCCAGCGGGUUAGGACUAUUUUGAACCAUCACUGUGGGUAUACGAUUCUGCACAUUCUCAGCCACCUGCGGCCUAAUGAACAUCGUGGGGGCUCCAGUUCCAGCCGCGAGGUGGUCAUGAGGGUGACGACUGUAUAAUAACAGCCUCGGGAGCCUUUGCCAUGAGGGAGAGGCUCCGUGGUUCCCAUGGAAGGAAGAAGCCGGCGCCUUCACUUCAGCACAGGCUCCAUUUCGAGCCCCUACGGGAUAGGCCACACACUGUAUACUGCCCGACGCAGGAGGCACCUGGAUCUGACCACAAGUUCUGCCCGCCUCUUUGUUGUUGUGCGUGGGGAGUACCUCAACUUGGUUGCACCUUCCUGCCCUCCCAUCAAUGUGAAUUCCCCCCCCCUUUCCAUCCUGGCCUGUGGUAAAAGGAGUGACCCUCCUCCCUCCUCACAGCUUCUCUGGUUAUGACUAAACUCUUUGGAAGUGUGGUGGGAGGUUAUUUAUUUCUUUUUCUAAAACAGCCCCUGCCGAGUUCCUUCUGGGUGAGUCUUGGCCCCAGCAGACCCAGAAAUUUGGAAACAUUUUUACCUCAUCUUUCAAAAGGAAGACCACUUCCCAUGCCUUCCCACCCCAUCCCACUGAUCUCUCUGCCCAGGAGAUGCCUACCAGAGAGGUUCUGAACUUUCACCCAUCCCAAACAAAUGGUGCAAUAAACAUGUUUCUUAAAGCAAAAUGGCAUUUUGCAAUAUGAUACCUGUACAUUUCAUCUUUUAAUUCAAUGAAUGAAAAUCUGUUGCUCUUCUUC